AGCGUUUGUGCGCGUUUGCGCGCACCUCUGCGCGCGCACACAGUCAGAUCGCAGAGGAGCGGAGACGCGAAAGCGCGCCUCCCUUUGGGGAGCAGAACCUUGGCUCAGACACCCGAUAGAAGCGGCGACGGCGGACACGGCCCGAGUCGUGCGCCCUGCGAACUUCCAGCUCGCCUCCUCUACCACGCUGAUGUGGAGACGCACUCCUGUCAACCCUGGGUGCUGAGGCGCGUCGCUCCCAUUAGAAGUUACAUCUGCGGUCUUCUGAAGUUAAAGCAGUGAUGGACAAAGGGGGGCAGAGCAGCCGGCGCAGCGAGUAGCGCAGGCUGAGAAACAGUGAGAGACAGGAGGAGCAUUUUCCCUCCUCCCUGCAUUUGCGGAUUACCUGGCAGCCGAUUUGGUUGCUCUCUUUUGGCAGGGAGGUCGCAGGUGGUUAGGAGGCCAGCUCUUACAGUAAGCGGCGGAGGCCACACAGAGCGAGUGGCGCCCUCUGCUGGGCGGAGGUCUGAGCCUCACUUUUCUACCCCCUGGCUUGGCGAUGCCCCUCUUCAGCUGGAGGAAGCGCCCCCCUGUGGAGGAGGUGCGAGGCGGCCCCCUGCUGCACCAGCUGCUGCGGCACGUGGAAGAGCGUGAGCAGCGCCGCCGCCUGGCCCGUGGCAUCCAGCCGGCGGCCCCACGGCCCCUCGUGGCCCCCCAGGACCGGCAGCAGCUGGAGCUGCUCUGUGCUCGAGUGCCGCCGGCUCACGCGGCCGCCGUUCUCUCCAGGGUCAAGGAGGUGCUGGCGGGCACCAGCCUACCUCCCUGGGAGCUGGUCUACGCUUUUCAGCAGGUGCUGCGAGAUUUCCUCUGCGGGGAGGAGGUAGAGGAGGCGGGGCCUGUGCUGGCCUGGGACAGACGCUGUCCGAGGAAGCUGGGCUCAGGAGCGGCCACGGCGCCGGAGUGUCCAGACCCACAGAGGGAGGAGAUCCCCACCAUCUCCAGCCAUGUGGAACGCAGCAUGUGCUGGACCCGGCCUUACGAGGCCCAGAGGGACUGGGACCUACCCCAUCACUGCCCCGCCCCCCGGCACUGCCCCGCCCCCCAGCGCUGUUCUCAGGCUUACAGCACUGCUUUGUGA